AUGUCAGAAACUGAGCUGGAAAAGAUAAAAGUCAGAACAGCUGAGCAUUUUGAAAAUGACAAAAAUAACAUUUCUUGGUUGAAGGAAGAUGUGCAACUCACAAAUGAAAAGCAGGCAAAUGAGAAAGCCAUUAAUGCUAUCGUUAUAAAUUCAGUAUCCGAAUUCAAUAUCACAGAUGGACCAGCCAAGGAAACCCCCAGUGAGAAAAAACUGUCAGAAUCCAGCAUAUCACUGUCCUCCCUUGAAGAAAGGCAGACGAAAUUUUCCUACCUCAAAAAUGAUACUUCAGUUCAUCCGAGAGACACUGAUGAGGACUGCGCCUCCCUUAUCCUCACCUGUCUGUUCUGCCAGUUUUUGGAUUGUCUCCUGAUGCUCCCGGACACGUGUGAAACUGUGUGUAUCAAUGUUUGCUGCCCCUCUCACAGGUACCAUCACACCUCAGAUGAAAGCCACUCCCGGAAUGACUGCAACUGCAACUGUGACAUUGACUGCAGCCUUUUUGAAUGUCAUGAGACCAGUGAGUGUCUGGAGCUGGCCAUGGAGAUUUCAGAAAUCUGUUAUCGUUAG